AUGAUCAAUUCUAAGAAGCUCAUCAAAAUGGCGAGGAAGUGGCGAAAGCUUGGCUUCUAUCAGUCGCAAAAGAAUCACCUUCUCAAGAACAACCAGAGGUUUGAUAAGGGUCACUUUACUGUGUACACAGCUGACCAGAAACGCUUUGUGAUUCCCUUGGUUUAUCUCAACAAUGACAUCUUCAGAGUACUCUUGAAAGUGGCUGAGGAAGAGUAUGGACUUCCAAGGGAUGGGCCUAUCACAUUACCAUGUGAUGCAGUCUUCAUGGACUAUGUAGUCUCUUUGAUAAGAAGGCAUGCAGCUAAGGAUCUGGAGAGAGAGCUGCUCACAACCAUAACUAGUGGUUGUUGCUUAUCAUCCUCUUAUCUCCAAGAGGGACUAACCGAUCAACAAUUACUAGUCUCCAGCUUCUGAUGGAAUUAGGUUU